CAGAUAUAGUGAAUGCAGGGUCCGGGGAGACCAGAUAUAGUGAAUGCAGGGUCCGGGGAGACCAGAUAUAGUGAAUGCAGGGUCCGGGGAGACCAGAUAUAGUGAAUGCAGGGGUCCGGGGAGACCAGAUAUAGUGAAUGCAGGGUCCGGGGAGACCAGAUAUAGUGAAUGCAGGGUCCGGGGAGACCAGAUAUAGUGAAUGCAGGGUCCGGGGAGACCAGAUAUAGUGAAUGCAGGGUCCGGGGAGACCAGAUAUAGUGAAUGCAGGGUCCGGGGAGACCAGAUAUAGUGAAUGCAGGGUCC